GCGUCCGGAGCACUGGAGCUGCUCACAUGUUGGAACCAAGUUUGCUUCCGUCCUCGCUGCACAUUUCCUUUGCUCUCAAAACCGCCGUGGUAGGCAUCGCGCAGCCUCCAGCUUGCUCCAGCCGCCUUUGUGCAUCUCCGAGUCACUUCUCGCACGCGCAAUUGUCACUCGGACUACCUGACACGCCCCCACCAUGGCAAGCACAGCAGACGCCGCUAUUGAGAAACUGCCCUCCACGGCAGACCUCAAGGAAGACGCAAAGGCAGCCACAAAGUCGACGGUCCAGUCGCUGCGAGCGCUGGUCGCUGGCGGCGUGGGAGGUGUCUGCGCCGUCGUUGUAGGCCACCCCUUCGACCUGGUCAAGGUGCGCAUGCAGACGGCGGAAAAGGGUGUCUACUCGGGAGCCAUGGACGUCGUGAGGAAAACAAUCGCAAAAGAGGGCCUGGCCAGGGGCCUCUACGCCGGUGUCUCUGCGCCUCUUGUCGGUGUCACGCCCAUGUUCGCCGUCUCCUUCUGGGGCUACGACCUCGGCAAGCAGCUCGUCUCCAGCGUCUCCAAGGUCGAGAACAACCAGUACAGCGUCGCCCAGGUCUCUGCUGCCGGUUUCUUCAGCGCAAUCCCCAUGACCGUCAUUACCGCACCCUUUGAGCGCGUCAAGGUCCUCCUCCAGAUUCAGGGACAGAAGCAGCUGGCGCCUGGAGAGAAGCCCAAAUACUCUGGUGGUCUCGAUGUUGUCAGGCAGCUCUACAAGGAGGGCGGCAUCCGCUCAGUGUACCGUGGUUCGGCCAUGACACUGGCGCGUGACGGUCCAGGCUCAGCGCUUUACUUUGCCACAUACGAAGUCAUCAAGCGGAACCUCACACCAAAGGACCCCGUUACAGGACAGCCCGGAUCGCUCAGCAUAGGCGCUGUCAUGGUGGCUGGCGGCGCUGCAGGUGUUGCCAUGUGGAUACCCGUGUUCCCCGUCGACACCAUCAAGUCCCGCUUGCAGAGUGCUGAAGGCCGACCAACAAUCGGUGGUACAAUCAGAGGACUCUAUGCGAGCGGUGGUAUCAAAGCAUUCUUCCCUGGUAUCGGCCCUGCCAUGGCACGAGCAGUGCCUGCGAACGCGGCCACGUUCGCUGGCGUAGAGCUUGCGCAAAAGGCAAUGACCAAGAUGUUUGACCGAGAUGGCGAGUAGGCAUUUUCCGCCCUUUAUAACGAUUCUUGUACGAUCUACAUUUUCUUCUUUGAUCAUGGUCGUAUUAUGUUGGUUCUCAGUUGGCGGCAUUGCACAUGGCGUUCUUAGUUUCGUCUAAGUGCAUGCGUAUAGAGCAAGGGCUUUCUAGAUAGGUUCGUUACUCUGUCCGUCUCCAAUAGGUCUUUUAUCCACUAUUGCUACGUCUUGCUUUCUCACACCUGCUGGGCUUGGUCAUGGGCUGGCAUCGACAAGACAGUGAGAUGAUUCAACAUAUCCGUAGGUUGGCGAACUAUUGC